AUGCAACGACUUGAAUUUGAUGAAGUUUUACCAUUAGAAAAACGAAUAAGACUAUACCCGUCUGAAAACGUUCUUGACGAGACUCUUCACGAAAUACUUGAAGAAACAUUUGAAGAAAACGUUUCUUGUCGUCCAGUUAAAAUAUCAAAAGUGUUGAGUGAUAACUCGAUUAAAACAUCAUCUGGAGUACCUGUUGAUGCAUUAUCUCUAUCAUCUCCUUGUGUAUCUUGUAAUCAACAAAUUAUCCAGGAGUUACCGCAUAAAAAACCUGUAAUUGUACGUCCGCAAGAAUCACUUUUACUGGCCCGGUUACGUGCUUUUUUUCCAUUAGAACAAUCUCAGCCUGUACAAGAACAGCAGGAAGAGUCAGAGUCAUCAAAGCAAUUAUAG